AUCAUGCUGGAAUCAAGGUCCAGAAUGCCACCAAUCUAGUAGCUACACAGGCUCGAUCACCUAACCAUCUCAGCGUUUUCUCAAUAAUGGGCAUCACCAUCGGCUGCUUGGCCUUCGUGUUCGCAGUCUUCCGGUGUGUCUGGCGGCCUAGAGCAGUAAGUUCGAUCGCUGACAUCAAAGACGAGGAGGACUCUGAGGAGGACAUGGACGAACUGGAAGAGGAGGAAUUCCUGAGGACGCUGCCAGGACUGCCGCCGAGGUUCACCUUUACGACGCUUCGCGACGCCACAAAUGGAUUCAGCCAGAAGCUCCCACGGGCGGGUUCGGCACCGUCUUCCGCGGCACGUUGCCCGACGGCACGCGGAUGGCCGUGAAGAAGCUCGAAACGCAAUGGCAAGGAAGCCGCCAGUUCCGGGCGGAGGUCGCCACGUAAACCUGGUCCGCCUCCGCGGCAUCCGCGCCGACAGCUGGCGCCGGCUCCUCGGCUACGAACUCCUACCCAACGGCUCGCUCGACAGAUGGCUCUUCGAGCCCAGGCCGUCGACCUCGGCCACUAAGCACAUGACCAGCCGAGCACCGGUUUGCCAAAUUGGAGACAGAGACACUUCGUCGCCGUCGGCACGGCUCGUGGGUUGGCUCACCUCCAAGCGGGUUGCGCAAGCCGAUGAUGCAUCUCGAUAUCAAGCCUCAGAACAUCCUCCGAGACGAUCGAUUCGUGGCCAAACAUUCCGAUUUCGGCAUGUCCCGGCUGCUCGGGGAAGGCGAGACGACGCAGGUCGUGACGGCGGUUCGCGGCACGCCAGGAUACCUCGCGCCGGAAUGGAUCCGCUACUCGAUGGCGACCAAGAAGUGCGACGUGUACAGCUACGGGAUGGUGUUGCUGGAACUGGUGUCCGGCCGCUGGAACUUUGUGCCGGAAGCCGAGGACCCGCGGCACUGCUAUUUCCCGGCAUGGGCAAUGCUGAAGGCGAUGGAGGGGCAGUUCAACGAGGUGGUGGACGCGAGGCUGAAGUUGACGGAAACGGAGAUGGAGGAGGCAGAGCGGAUGACAAAGGUAGCAUUCUGGUGCAUCCAGGAACAGCCGAACAGAAGGCCGUGCAUGGUGACGGUGGUGAAAAUGCUGGAGGGGGAGGCGGAAGUCGAAGCGCCGCCGCUGUGGCUGGUGGAGUCUGAGAGGGCGCCGCGGUUCCUGGAAGCCUAUGGGUACGACCAAGUCGCGGGUUCGAUGGAGGACGUACCCGUCUCGUUCUGUACGCGAUGUGGCUCGGAAGUUUCCGGACCCAGAUAUACAUCAAGAUGGCAUUCGGGGAAGCAUAGAAUAUCGUAAAGAAGAGAUGAAAGCGGAGACCAAUGAAACCAUGGAAUGGUUAUUACAAGAAAUUGUGAAAGCUGCUGUCAGAGCUGCACUAUCUGCUGCAGCAAUGAAAGCUAAACUCUUUUCAGAUCAUGAAGAACAUUAUAGUCAAUGAGUGCCAAUAUUGUCAACCAUCAGGUUCAUUGCUGCCCAUGAUUCGUUAAAAUGAUUUACAUAUUGCUUUGUACG